AUGCAAUUAGCGUUUCUGGACAUUGAAGCCGCUUUCGACUCUCCUCAUCGGAGCAGUCUUCUCAACGCGCUCCGCGCCGAUGGAGUACCAGGAAAAUUCGUUCGCUUGGUUGAUCACAUGAAUCAACGAAUAACUGCUGCAGUUCGAACACUAGCCGGAUGUACAAUACCGUUUGAGUUGGUAACUGAAGUAAGACAAGGGGCAGUGGCAGGACCCUUCCUGUUCCAUUUCGCCAUCGACGACAUUAUGCGAAGAACAGUAGAUCAGUAUCCUGCCAAUAUCAUCCUAGCACCAUCAGGACGGCCGUUGACCAAUCUCGAGUACGCUGACGAUGUUGUUAUAUUCGCGGAAAGCAGUACGAAACUUCAACAUGUUGUCAACCUUGUAUCGAAGCUGGCUGCAGCCUAUGGACUACGUCUAUGCCCUGAUAAAUGCAAGCAGAUGUGGAUCUCCUCAAGACCUGGAUCUCUUCGAGAACGGAAAUCAGAGUGGACGGACACCCGAUGGAACUCGUCGAUGAGUUCUGUUACUUGGGCUGUACGCUGA